AUGCCGAGGUUAUUGACGCUAUUACGGCAUCUACCGUCGCCUGGGGACGAGAUUAAGGCGAAUCCGGUACCUCUGGAGCACGUCGGCGACUUCCUGGACGCCAUUCUAUUGGCGCACGCCGACCGCCUUAUGAUCCCAGCAACUACAGCACUACAGAAUGAUGGUCACUUGCCUCCAGUCACAAGAGACGCCUUCUUGGAGCGAUUCAAGCCCAAGAGCAGCACCCAAGUGCUCUGUGGCUACUUAUUUCAGCGUAACGACAUCGUCUUCAACUGCAAGACGUGUCAGUCGGACGAAACGUGCGUGCUGUGUCUUAAAUGCUUCCAGAACGGCAACCACGAGGGCCACGACGUCUUUUUCCAUCGCACCAGUCCAGGCGGCGUCUGCGACUGUGGCGACAGCGAAGCGUGGGCUCCCGAGGGCUUCUGCGUGCACCACGGCCACCAAGACGGGGACGCAACAGCCAAUACAAGUAGCGAGAGUGGCGGGUUGUUGCCCGAGGAGAUCGUACAGGUGGCCGACGCGUUAUUUACGAGCAUUGUGGCGUUCUGCAUCGACAUGGCCAAGCAGUCCAUGCAGCUGUUUGACGCGGAGUACGUGGACGCGCAGGGGCGUCAGACGCUGCACGCCCUGCGGCUGAAAGUGCAGGAACGGGGAUGCACGAUGGAAGACGCGCAGAGGAUGGAGCGGCAGUUCCACGUGAGGAUCUGCAACGACGACGUCCACUCGGACGAAGAUUUAAUCCGCUCGUUGUCGCAGAAGCGGAUCCCGAGCGCGGAGGAUCUGGUGCGGGCGAUCGACUCGAACGGGUCGGAGAUUGUGGCCAGGAAUUUGACGCUACGAGACGCGCUGACGCUCAUGCAGGCGCUCAAGAGCGAGGGCUGGCACGUGUGUGUGGUGCAGGACCGAUUUAUCCACGACGAAGACGUGUUGCUGCGCGUGACGCAGUGGGUCAAGGCCAUCUGCUCGUUGUCCAAGCAGCUGCACGUGUUGUUCUGCGACAAACUGUUCGCUACGACCGGCCAGAGCAAGGAGCCGAUCCAGGUCAUGUUCCUGUCGGACCCGUACUUCCGCAAAGACAUCGUCUUGGAGCUGUACGAGCUGUACUUGAAGCUACAGGGAGAUAAAGACCCCAAACUGCAGUUCUCGAUCGUGUUCCUUAAGGUGUACAACCGCAUGAUGCUGAAAUAUUUCUGUGGCGUGGGCACGAGAGAGGAAUCGCUGUUCCAGUACGGCGUGCAGAUCCUCACGACGCCGUCUAUCGUCCACCACUUGGCGAGUCUCGGGCUGCUGGAGAUGCUACUGGACACGAUCAACACGGCGCUGGAAAUGGCUCGCACGCCUUCUUUACCGCCGCAGCAGCACCAGGGUGUCCACCACACACUGGACUGCGACCACCCACUGCUCAAGUUCAAGCGAUACCACUUCGUCAUCGAGAAUUUUGGCUACGUGUUGGGCAUCCCGGCGAUGUCCAGUGCGCUGCUGCUACGCUCGGACUUGCUGGCCAAAUGGCUGGAUGCGCUGGCAGAAGUACAAGGACUGGACCCCCAAGUGCGGAUACAAGACGGACGUGCCCACGUGACGUACGAGACGCAGUCGUGGCUUACGGCCUUUGCGUUCCAUGCCAACGUGAGUAAGAUCCUCACGUUCAUCUCCAAGGGACUGCGCUACCACGAAGCUGCAGACACAGACACGCGUAAUCGCGAUCGCGAACGGAUGGUGUUUAAUAUGCUGGAAGGCUUCUGGGAUCAACUGGACAGAGCGGGGAUGACUACAACGCGACUGCAGCUCUACAUCUCGCCGUGCGGAAGACUGCUGGGCUCAUCGGACAAGGUCGUCAAGUAUGACGUGUCUACGCAGCCAGUGUCCUUCCACAACCCGCUGCACGGUCUGCUGGCCAGUUUUCUUCUGAAAAGUCUGUACUACGGCCCGCCACCGGCGCCGGGGAGUGCUGUCCCGUGGAUCACCGACUGGGGCGCGCUGCUGGAACGCUCGAUGACCAAGGUGCUCGGCGAUGACGCCAAGGAACACAAGAAGAAGAUGCUGAUCUACGGAGUGCUGGAGUUUCCUCUGCGUUCGCUGGUGCUGUGCGCGCAGAUCAGCUGUGGACUGUGGAUCCGGAAUGGGCAGAAUAUGCAGCGCCAGAUGCUAAAUUACACGAGUCCGCCGUGGUGCAGCGAGCUGCGAGACUUGGAUCUGUUCCUGGUGCAGAUCAGCGCGACGAUCGUGGGGUUCCCCACGUUUCUGACCGUUUUCUUCGACCGCUUCGGGCUGUCCGAGUGGCUUUUGACGUGGGCAAAUGUACGCACCGCUGGCGACGAGAGCUCCGGGAUCUCAGCCCGCGAGACGCCGCCCAGCGCUGCAGAGGACGAGAAACUGGUUGCCGUGCUGGAGGCGGCGCUGCUGCGGUUGAUCUGGAUCGUCACCGAGCUGACGCCUCCGCUGGACGCUAUUGAGCAGAGAGACACGGUACUUCGUCGCGAGAUUAUCCACCGCUUAAGCCAGCAUCCGUGUCGGCUGUCCGAGCUGCUGGACCAGACGACGUUUGUCGUGUCAACGCCGUUCGGAGGCAUUUCGGCUCGACAGGAGAAGCAGCAUCUUACCAGACUGGAGCGGAUACUGGACGAAGUGGCGGACGAGCAAGUGAAGCGCUCGGUGAUGGUGGCUCCUCUGGGCGACGGCGCCGGCGACGGGGACAGUAUGGGGGACGGAUCCAUGGAGCCCACCAAGUACACUCUCAAGAAGGAGUACUAUAAGGAGUACGACCCGUCCUUCUACCACUUGAGUCGAUCCAGCCAUGAGAAGGCCCAGUUUGCCAGACAGGAGGCGCUGUUCAAGACGUGGAAAGUGGAGGACCAGCCUGUGCCGUUGGUGGCGCAAGCUCCGCCGCCGCACGUGUCGUUGGGGACUGUCCGCUUCCUCGUGCUGGAGAAGGGAUUGCUGGGCAUCUUGCGUCUUGUGCUGGAGGACGCGAAUUGUUCUACUGAAGGCCACUGUGAGGGCACGAGCUGCACGCCUGGCGUUAAGAGAACCAACGUCAUGGUCUUGCUGCGUGCUAUCCACUUGAUCAAUCUGGCUGUGCUGGUGCUUAAGCGUGGCGCUGGAGGAGCCACGUUGCCCCAAGAGAACGAGGUCGUGUUGUCCGAGAGCAAGAGACGUCAGACGCUCGCGCUAUUACGCAAUGGGCCAGAGGCGUUUGAAGAAUCGGACACUGCGUCUCGAGUGGCUUUGUCGAAGGAUAUGGUCAAGCACGACUUCGAGACGUCCAAGUCGACCAUCUCGGCGAUUUACUGGAUCUUGAACGAGUUGGCGGCUCUGGAUUGCGCGAUCCACACGUACGUGCAGCUCAAAGUCUGGAGCGGAAUAAAGAAGCACGAGGAGCUGGUGGCGGAGAACGGAAUGUCCAAGACGGAGCUCAAGAAACUGCACCAGCAACGCGCCAUCGCGGCCAUGAUGGCACGUCAGAAGGCGUUCGCGCAGUCCAGCGCGUUCGCCGAUCUGGACGACAUUGACUCGGACGACGACGACUCUAGCGGCUCCGGGAAGUUCGGGGUGGACUUGGACGACCUCAGCCACGACGUCCCUGGACAUGCGAUCGUGUAUCGCCCGCCGCCGCCGCCUGACUGCAUCAUCUGCUCGCAGAAGGAGAAGGACGAGCCUGUCAUGUACAUUGGCCACGCGCAGAUGAGUCGCGUCAAUGCUCAUGCGCUGGAGAACCUCCCCGAGGACGUGGAGACUGCAACUGACGGGAGUAGCGACAGCUUCGGAACGACGUUCCCGCCGCAAGUUCAUCUGUCGCUGUGUGGCCACGCUGUGCACUUGCACUGUUGGCAAAAGUACUUUGACGAUAGCCCCCGCACGACGGAGGACAUGAGUGACGAGGAGGACGGAGACGAACGGACGCGUCUGCAACGGCAAGAUGACAUCCGUGCGAUGAAUCAGUUCGCCGUCUCGUUCCUAGAGACGAUGCUGCGCUUCCAGCCGGAGAUGACGCACCUGGCCACGGCCAUGAGCGCGCUCAAGAAAGGGUUCUUCUCUACCGGCGCGCAACUGACGCACCUGAUCUGGUCGUCGGUGGCGUCCACGAUCGCCAGCACGCAGUUGAGCGGCAUUUCGUCCGCCAUCUACUCGCUCGAAGCGUACGUAGCGUCGUCGAAGAACGUGCUCAAAGGAGCCAGUUGGAGAGCGAACGCUGCUCGACCGAAUGGAGCAACGGGCCCUGCGACGGCUGCGUCGUCGUUCUCGUCCUUGAGGAUCACCAACAUCUUGAACCCUGCAACGCCGUGUCUGAACACGCGCGUGGCCGUGUCGUUACCCGAAGCGUUAGACCCGCAGCUGGACCAGUUCACACCCAAGGACGACAGCAAGCUGAACGUGUUGCUACGCUCGCUACGACGAAUCUCGUUGCUCUUCACCAAUCGCCGACGAGGAUUCUACGACAGUCUGUGCUUCCCGAUCGCGCAGAAUCUUCGCCUUGCACUCUCCUCUGACCAGUGGCUCGAGACGUUGACGCAGGGACCGCCGUUGCAGCUAGGACAGCCCGUGCUGGGCCAGGAUCUGCUCUACCUGUGCGUCGCUAUCUGCAGUAGCAUGCUGACGACCAAGGCGGAUAUUCUGCUCACGAUCCGCUCUCUGUGUGUGCUGCACAUGGCUCAAGUGCUGAUCCAGUUGGCUCAGAUGGAGGCCGAGGACGAAGACGACUGUGUGGAGGACGAGCAGAAGGAGGCGCAGAGAAGACGCGCUGCGACGUGCGAUGACGCGUCUGCCGAACAAACGGAAGAGAUGCAGCGUGGACUGGAGACGCUGAUGGCGCGUCUCGCUCAAGAAGCUGGCGUGGACUUGGUUCGCGAUGCCACUCGACGUGCUGCUCCACAGGGACGACAACUGCAACUGCUCUUCAAGUCGUCGUGUCUGGCGUUCAUGAGGCAAGUGACGCUGCUGUGUCGUGCAUUCUUCCGAGGCGAACAGGACCCCGACGCGUCGUGGAGCGCCAACUUUGUGAGCUCGUUGCGUCUCAGCACCAACUACCACGACAUGUGUCAGCAACUGGGACUGCCUAGAAUCACGCAGCUACUGGCGGAUGAGGCGCUGGUCGAGUAUCUCUUACGUGCUGCGCGUGAGCUUCGUGUGCGCGCUACCAGUGCUACGCUGUCCGACGAGUUGCAGACUCGCUACAAGCAGCACGGCCACGCGACUCUGCUGAUCGCUGAGCUCGAGAAACUCACGACACGAGACGACUGUGCGGAGCGGGAAGCUCUGAUCGCACGUGGAAAUCUACGAGACAUGCCCAAGCUCCCUCUUCGUCUGGAGCCGGACGUGCAGCAGCACCGAAGCCUGUUCCACUACGCGAAUAUCCGGCUGGUCAAGCUGGCGUCGUCGUACACGGAUCUGCACUCGGAGGUGCUGGGCAAGAGCAAGUGCAAGCAGACGUGGAAGACAGUGGAGAACCCAGCCAUCUGUCUCGUGUGCGAGCAGGUUUUGUGUGCUGGCACCGAGUGCUGUCGACGACGCAGUGACGGGAUGGGCGCCUGCACACACCACGCCAUCACGUGCGGCGCGGGCGUCGGCCUGUUCUUUCUCAUGCGCUCGUCGUCCGUGCUGCUAGUGUUCGGUCCCAGGAGCUCCUACUUCGGGUCGCCGUAUCUCGACAUGUUUGGAGAAGAAGAUAUUAAUGUGCGUCGUGGGCGGCCCUUGUACCUCAACGCUAAGCGCAUGAAGGCGUUGCAGGCGCUGUACGCGAACCAUCAACUAGCCAACGAGGUCGCGAGAAAUCGCCGCACCUCAGACCAGUACAUUCGCAAUAACUAUUACUGA